AAAUUAGGGGAAUCUCGGUGUGGCUCUCAAAGUGAUAACAUUCAUUAUUCACAGAGGCGGAUAGGGAGAGAGAUCGGAACUAAACGUCACCUCUCGCCGGAGAUUUUUAAUCACUUUAUCUCCCCUUCAAAACCACGACGACGAUAGACAAGAGAACCAUAUAACCUCCUUCAUCUCCUCCCUUCCGUCGAAGUUUUUUUCGUUAAAAAAAAAAAAAAUUUAAAACUUGUAGCCAUGGAUUUAUUCAGGGAUUUCUGGAGGAAACAUAGAAGGAAGAUAUUGGUGACGACGACUUGUUUGGGAAGUGGGCUAUUGAUUUACAAGCUAUACAAUGCUCAUACUCGUAACCUCGCCGACUUGGAACGUGAGCUUGCCAACGAGCGUCACAAUGAUGAGCUCAUCAAAGCCCAAAUGAAGGCUCAUUUCGAGACCAUUCAGAUGAUUGCUGACACCACUACAUUGCCCCACGCACUGCAUCACUUGAGCAGCCGCAUUGUUGAGGAGAUCAAUGUCUCUAGAGUGAUGGAGAAGCUAAGCAGAGGGAAAGGAACCUUGGUUCCUUCUGAGAAGCUUCAUCUUUGGAGUGAGCUCAAAAUUUUGAGUUUCACGAGGAUGGUUGUGACUCUCUGGUCAGUCACUAUGCUUAGUUUGUACAUUAGGGUUCAAGUCAACAUUUUGGGCAGACACUUAUAUAUCGACACUGCUAGAGGUCUUGCCAGCUCCCAUUUACUUGAAGAGUUAGAUCUCAUAGACAGAGAGGACGAACAAAAGUUUUUGACAAGUGCUGAUUAUCUUGCAACCAAUAGCAUGCCCAGUUUGAUUUCCCAUGUGAAGAGUGCAGUGAAAGAAGUGCUUAAAGGAAAACAGUUAAAGGAUGUGUUAACCACAAGAACUCUUGAAGAAACUGUGAUCCGGAUUCUUGGUCUGUUUAUGAGCACUGGAAGUCCACAUCACUGGAUUGAUUAUUUAAUGAUGCCCCAAGACACCACCACUGAUGUUUCCUCUUCAGAUGCGACUGUCACCAAGUUUCAUCUACUCGUUACCGAGACACGGGAAGUACUCACAAGCAAUGAGUUUACAGAUGUAGUAGAGAUCGCACUCAAGUCUUGUACCGUAGCGUUAGUAGAGGAGAUGGAAACACAGCCCGGUUUGGCCACAGGGAUACAAUUGGCGAAGCUCUUACCACAGAUUGAGAAGACUGUGCCGGAGAUUUCAGCUGUACCGGACAAGAACCGGUUCUUGCAACUCAUCCGAGAUUUGCCUCAAGUUCAUCUCUUUUUUACACUUCUAUACUCAAAGCCUCUAUAAUCUCACAAACUGCCAAAUUGGUUGUUUGUUUAGUUUCCUUAUCAAAAGUGAUUUCAACUUAGUAAAAUAAAAUAGAACAUUUUUAGAAUAAUUGCUCAAUAUGUAUCAGAACAUUGAAUUAUUGGCAUAAGUAUAUGAUUUCAUUUAUUAUAGUUCUUAAGAUUAUUGUAAAGAAAGGCAUUAACAUUGGCAUAAAAGAAUAUGAUUUAUUAUA